GGAAGCUCUGGCAGUUUCCACUUGGCAGAGAGACAGUCCAAAACGACAUGCAUGGCGCACAAGCCGCCAUCCGUCAUGCAGCUCGCGCAGGCGCCACUCCACGUUCGGGGCCACGGCGUCCUGUCACCCCGCUGAAGGAGAGAAACAGAAGUCCCGGUGGUUCAGGUGUCUCCCCCGUGCGACCCUGGGUUGUCGCUGGGCUGCCAGUUCUCUUGCGAAAGGCGAAGGCACAGCCAGAGCAACGACCUGGACCCAAAAGGCCACUGAAGGCCCCCGUGCUCCGUGUGCCACGUGAGAGCGAGGCUCUCGCAGACGAGCCAGGUGAAGCCAAAGUGCUCAGCAAGAACGAAGGAACAGGUGAACGGUGGAAAGGCUGCAAAGUCGGCCCCAGCGCCGUGUCCGUGGGCAUUGGGCUCUUCAUUCGCUAUGUCCUGCCAAUCCCUACAGGCGUCUCUCAGCAGGGCUGGUCCAUGCUGGCGCUCUUUGUGGCCACGGUUGCGGGCAUCGUGACGCGGCCAUUGCCCUCGCCAGGCGUUGCCUUUUGCGCCUUCGCGGUGGGCUUGGCGACCCACACGUUGAGUUUCCAGGACGGGGUCAAAGCCUUCACAGAUGAGGUGCUUUGGUUGGUGGUCUUGGCGUUCUUUUUCACGAAGGGCUUCGCCAAGACCGGCCUUGGGGAGCGGAUCGCGCUCAGCAUCGUGCGCGUGCUGGGCGGUACCACCUUGGGCCUGGCCUAUGGUUUGAACCUGGCCGAAGGAGUCUUGGCUGCUGGCAUGCCCUCCUCAGCUGCCCGGGCAGCAGGUAUCUUCUACCCCUUGGUGGAUGCCGUAGCCAAGGCGUGCAGCGGCGGGAAGAAAGAUAGCACUGGGGGCUUCUUGAUCCAAAGUGCCUUCCAGGCCACAGGGAACUCCAGUUCUCUUUGGCUCUACGGAGCUGCGACAAAUCUGUUGAUGCUGAGGCUGGCGGCUGAGCUGGGAUAUGUGGUCAAUGCACCCUUCACCAGCUGGCUGAAGGCGAGCUGCGUUCCAGCCUUGGCUGCCAUGGUCUUGACGCCGCUUGUCGCCUUUGUGGCAAUGCCCCCGAAGGUGAAGCGGACGCCGGAGGCCCCGAAGGAGGCCAAGAAGAAGUUGAGGGCGAUGGGUCCAAUGUCGAAAGAUGAGCUGAUCUUGGUCUCGGUGAUCUUGGGCAUGCUCACCUUGUGGGCUGGCUCCAGCAGCUUUGGGAUCCCAGCAGUGCACACAGCGGUGAUGGGCCUGAGCGUGCUGCUCGCCACGGGCGUGCUCAGUUGGUCCGAUUGCGCGCGAGAAGAGGGCGCUUGGACCACGAUGACCUGGUUCGGCAUUCUCGUGAGCAUGAGCGGCAUGCUGAACAAACUGGGGGUUGUCAGGUGGCUGGCGACCGAGCUCUCCCUGAAGAUCACUGCCUUGGGCCUCUUCAGAGGUGAAGCCUUUCUGCUGCUCCUCUUGCUUUACAUCCUUUUGCACUACAUUUUUGCAUCCCAGGCUGCCCACAUCAGUGCAUUAUACUUGCCCUUUGUGGCAAUGAUGGUGGAUACCGGCACGCCGCCGAUGGCAGCUGUUUUUUCGUUGGCCUUUGCAUCCAACUUAUUCGGCUCCAUCACACCCUACUCUUCAGCCCAGGCGCCAGUCUUCUUUGGUGGUGGCUACGUAUCAUUAAAGGACUGGUACAGGCUUGGUCUUGUUUUCAUCAUCUUCAACAUCAUCAUUUGGGUUGGAGUCGGAUCUCUUUGGUGGAAGGUAAUUGGUAUCUAUUGAAUUUCAAUCAAUUAAAUAUAUACAACAAAAACAACUAAAUAUAUAGUUAUUGAAAA